AUGACCCAUCCGGAUUUCCCUACAAGACUAGUUGACCUGACUUUAAACGACUCGAGCCAUAACCCUUCCUUGUAUGCGACCCUUAAAUCAAUUCGCAAAUCUGCGCUUUCACUUCCAAAUCGCCUCACCUCCAUCCUUAGUGACGGUAAAUUUGUCAAAGCAGCGUCCCAACGAUACAACCUGCCCCUGGUCGCAAACGAACGUUGUGGUAGCUGGUACAUCGACCCAGCUGAUAAAGUCGGCAGCACAUAUUUCAAAAGUACUGAUGGGCACCACGGACAAUGGGACUUUUCUGCUCGCAGACUCAAUCUGCAGCUCCUUCCCAUUUUGGCCGUUCACGGUGGUGCAAUUGUAGUCGACUCAACGCGUCGUGGUAAGAACUUGCCAGAUGCGUUCAGCAAGACUGUCCCGAUAUGGGCGGCGGUGAUCAACAGAGCAUUGUUCCCGGAAAUGCCUUGGGCACACAGUCUUCAAACUCCACCCCCCCCGGAUGACCUAGGCCGGUCUGAGAUAUCACAAAUCGAAGCCCGGCUCGACGAGUUUACCGCGACUUUCAUCAUGCUGGGAUUAAACUUAGAAAGCUUACGCAAAGAGCUGCAGCGGCCUAUCCGGCUUACCUGGACGAUAAAUGGCUGUCCUAAUGUUGAACGUGGUGACGAGACAGACCUUCUUCAAUCACGGUCAUUUUCUGCACUCGAGCACUCCUGUCACAACAUUGUGCUCUGCUCCGCAUCUCGUCGGGUCCGCGGUGCAGAAAGCUCGGAAGGCGGGUACAUCCAAGGUGCCGGUGACGAUAGCGAAGGGUGGUCGCACGGACUCACUGCUGAACUCUUCUGGAAGCAUAGACAGCUGUUGAUGCAGACUCCGGAAGAUGAACUGCCUGCUCUUAUCGAGGAGUUACUCAGGCAAGAAAAUGAAGCACGGGGAACGGGCAUUUCAGUCACGAAAAUCACUCCAACAUCCAACCUCCAUGUUGCAGUCGGGCCCAUCGAGAGCUUGGAUGGUUUCGACCUGAUUAUCAAUUGUCAAGGCGACGCACAAGGCUCAACCUCGAAAGCUAUUUGCUUAAGCUGUGGCCCCGGCAAAUUCGGGAGCAGAGAACUUCGCGAAAAGCUCCCUGAUGUUGUCAGCGCUGUCAACAAUCUGCUCCUCACGCGACCCCAAAGCCAGAUACUGAUCACUUGCACUACCGGCAAAGAUCUUAGUGUGGGUGUUGCAGUUGCAAUUUUGUGUUUGUGCUAUGACGACGAAGGCCACUUGAGAGAGGCUGCCGACCGGCUGGUUGUCGAAAAACAGCUUGUCAAGCGAAGACUGGCCUGGAUCACCUGCUCAAAACAGGAUGCAAACCCUUCCAGGGCGACACUGCAAGCUGUGAAUUCUUUCUUGAUGCAGCGUCCGGACUGA